AUGAGAGUGAGCAUCCCGGACAAAUCACUAUGCAGCAGCAGCAGCAGGGUAGUAGAUACUACUCGUAGGGAGCUGACGUUUUUAAACCGGGCCAUUAUUGCAUACACCCAACAUCAUGAGCUUGGCGUAUUUUUUAUACACGUACAAUACAUAACACCCAGAGGAUCAAUCAACAUUUAUUCUACUACUGUCGCGGAGUCCUUCGAUGGUAUGGCCUCCAAUUUCGAUACACGGCUGAAGAACACCAAAGUGAUUAUUAUUCCGAGUGCGAUCAAUCCUCCUAUACAAGGGCCGGCUACAAGACCAAUUGGUACUCCGUACACAUCAAUCGGCUCACCACCCACAAUAAUAGGCCCUGAUGUUGAUGUUAUUGUCCACGUAACUGUAGAUGGAUCAUCUGUCGGGGUGAUAGUUAUGAUUAUAACUGUUUCAAAAGUUGAUGUAAUUGAAGCUGACGUUUCGCAUGUAAACCAGGAGGUAUAUCCCGAUUGA